AUCCGGAGCGUGAGGAUGAUGGCGGCCCCUAACAAGCCCAAGUGAACAUAAACCUCAUCUGCUGCCUAUCCUUUCUCUGCGUCUCUCUCAAAAUCACAAAUACUCCUCACCUUUUUUCUGAGACCCUGAUGUUCUUUGUCUUGUAAAAUACUAGCUAGUUGACCUUCCUUCCCAUGGCAGCCAUUAUCUUCUCCCCAAACAUACCCACCAACCAUAUUCGCUUCCCAUUUCCCCAAAACCACUCAUGGUCCCGCCGACUUGGACCCCGAUGUUCUCUCCAAAAUCCUCAGCAACCACUACUCCACAAUAGAACGAAAGGGAGAUCGUUUUCCUUGAAAGAGUGUGCCAUUUCAGUAGCUUUAGCGGUUGGGUUAAUAACUGGAGUUCCUGCAUUGGAUUUUUCUGCAAAUGCCAAUGCAGCAGCUAGUCCAGUUUUUCCCGAUCUGUCAGUGUUGAUAUCUGGACCACCCAUUAAAGACCCGGGAGCGUUGUUGCGUUAUGCGCUGCCUAUUGACAAUAAAGCUAUCAGGGAAGUACAAAAGCCACUCGAAGACAUCACAGACAGUCUCAAGGUUGCUGGAGUCAAGGCACUCGAUUCAGUGGAAAGGAAUGUGAGGCAGGCAUCUCGGGCCCUCAAGCAGGGAAAAACUUUAAUUAUAUCGGGGUUAGCUGAAUCGAAGAAGGACCAUGGAGUAGAACUGCUAGACAAGCUGGAAGCGGGAAUGGAUGACCUCCAACAAAUUGUGGAGGAUAGGAAUAGAGAUGCAGUGGCACCCAAACAGAAGGAGCUACUUCAAUAUGUUGGGGGAGUUGAAGAGGAUAUGGUGGAUGGCUUCCCAUAUGAAGUGCCUGAAGAAUACCGAAGUAUGCCUUUAUUGAAGGGGAGAGCAACUGUGGAAAUGAAGGUCAAGGUUAAGGACAACCCUAACAUAGAUCAGUUCGUGUUCCGUAUAGUUCUAGAUGGUUAUAAUGCACCUGUAACUGCUGGGAAUUUUGUAGACUUGGUGGAAAGACACUUCUAUGAUGGCAUUGAAAUCCAGAGAGCUGAUGGCUUUGUUGUUCAAACUGGUGACCCUGAAGGUCCUGCAGAGGGUUUCAUUGAUCCCAGUACAGAAAAAACCAGGACGAUACCAUUAGAAAUCAUGGUGGAAGGGGAGAAAGCACCCUUUUAUGGAGCAACUUUGGAAGAGCUUGGUCUAUACAAGGCUCAAACAAAGCUUCCAUUUAAUGCAUUUGGAACAAUGGCCAUGGCCAGAGAUGAAUUUGAGAACAACUCCGCGUCCAGCCAGGUGUUCUGGUUACUGAAAGAAAGUGAAUUAACUCCCAGUAAUGCCAACAUAUUGGAUGGCCGGUAUGCGGUGUUUGGUUAUGUGACAGAAAAUGAGGAUUAUUUGGCAGAUCUCAAGGUUGGUGAUGUCAUAGAGUCAAUACAAGUAGUCGCUGGAUUGGAUAAUCUAGUCAAUCCGAGUUACAAGAUUGCUGGCUAGCUGCUAUAUUUUUCUCUUCGAUACUAAAUACCGCAUAUGAGAAUUUAUUGGUCACUUCCACCAAAUUCAUUGAUAAAGGUCAUAAUUUAUGCGGUUCAAAUUUUAAGUGUAUUUUUUCAUUCGGGAAUUCUCUAAUCGAAUGGUCGAGAGAAUUUCAGUAUCUAUGUUGAGAUGGCAUUCUUGUACGAUGGUGUACCUUUGCCACGAUGAUAUUCUUUUCUAAUGCAUUCUUGUGUUUGCUUGUU